UGUAUCUUAUCAUUAUGUAAUUUUAUUAUAUUUAUUUUGCAGCAUAAUUUCCCGUGAUAUGUUUUGGCGUCUUAUUUAAUUAAUGAACAACGAACGCUUCUGUGUAGAUCAUAAUAUGGAUUAAACAAUAAUAUACCAUGAAUGAGAGGACAUACGUGAUGUUAUGGGACCAUGCAGCAUUCCGAAACACCUGCGCCGCCUCUCCACAACAUUCUUAAGACUAGUUGAAGUUUUUAAUGGUGUUUUUAGUGUUCUAGUGACAAAUUGACAAAAUGUGUAUAGUCUACAUUACUGAUAGGAGAAACACUGUUGAAAACCUGCCUUUGAAAACAGUGGUGAUGAGAGAGCAGGGGGUUUCAGAAUGGGGAUCUAUAUGGCUUAUCUGAGAAUGAUUCCCGAGGCGGAGGGAGGCUGUGUUGUGAGCGUGGGGAGAAGAGUGAUAAGCUUGAUUGUUAGGCUGCUGGAGAACAUAGAAACCAGUGAGACGAAUUAGUUAAGAAUGCAAACAAUAAAAUCAAGUAUAAUUGUGUUAAAUCAGACAGAAACGCAGAAAAUAAGGAAUACAAUAAUACGAAUAAAUCAUCUCGAUCUCACCGCUCAGCGUAAAUAUUUUUUCACCACCACUUCCAUCACCACCGCCGCCGCGUCCGCCACCACCAUAUUUACCGCUGCGGUUGCUGUUAAGAAUCACUGCGUCAUUCCUCGCAAUGUUCUGUUUUUCCCUUGACUCGCAUUAGUAUGAUUGCAGACUCCAUUGUUGCCUCAUGGCCGCGAUUGUUGUUUCCUUUCAUUUGUCGAGACCUUUCGCUCGUCCACAUACCAAACUUCACACGCAUCUAUACAUGUCUUUAUUUACCGUAAAUUUGACUAGAUCUGUCACUCUACAUGUAAACUCCACAUUAUUCCAUCUAUCUCUAUUUCCAAAGCUCGAUCUACAUAGUUGGGUUUACUACUACUACUACUACUACUGCUGCUGCUGCAGUGUUUUUUUCUGCUUAGUAUGGAUGCUGCAAUUUCCGCACCAGUCCGUGUCUUAUAGUGCCUGAGGCGGGGGUGGUACACGUUUACUAGCAGCAGCAGUCGCCUUCCUCUUUUCCCGCCUCUCCCACCACAUAUUCUCUCUAAGGCCAGGCUGCGGGUGGCGGUGUCCAUGUAGCUGCCUUGUACAGUGCAACACCCAUGGGAGGGCGAACACAGCCACGCAUCCCUCGAAGCAGGUGCUUUGUGAGUGCGCGCUCAGUUUGUCAGUAGUACUCCCUCAGUCCGUUCUCUCUGUUGUUCUGAGCAGUCAGCUUCCAGCCAGCCAGGUUAUCACUAGGGACGCACAGGUGAUUCAAGAACCUCUGGGACGAGUUAGACAGGUAUGCAGGAGUGAUGACGGGUCGCAGGCGGAGUGGAAGUUGUUUUGUUCUAGUUGAGUGAUGGAGGUGGUGGUCUCCUUGGGUGGCGUGUGUCCCCCCACCCUCGUCUUCCUGCUUGAUGGUCCCAUCCCCACGUGUGUUGCUAUGCUGGCUGCUGAGUCCUGACCAGUGACCCGUGCUCGCUCCCAGGGAGGAAGAGAACGAGCUGGUGACUGAGUGAGCUGCCCCGCCCCGCGCCCCUCCCUGCCACAGCCCCCUCACCUGCAGAGCGUCGCGGGACAGCCAUGGACCUCCACGACCACGACUAUUACGACGCGGCGCACCAUGAAGGCCCGUCAGGUGUUGCCGCGGAGUACCCGAUGUCCUCUCUGCUGGAUGGUUUGCCUGCCACGCAACACAACCAGCUGCUGGAGAUGCUGCACGUUCCUCUGCUGCACGGCGGCGUGAAGGAGGCGUUUCUGCUGCCCUCCUUCACCACCUCCGACACGCCGUCCUUCGCCCUUGCCUGCUUCCUUCUCGCCAUCACCGCCUGCCUUCUUGAACUCCUUCGUCUGGUUGUAUGGUACCUCGAGGGACGGUACAUGUCAGACGGUAACAGUGGUGGUUCCUCCUGCGCUUGCAAACAAUGUACAACGCUACCGGUUCUCAGUAUUGGCGGCGAGAGGAAGAACUACAACACUAUUCAUAAUGUACAAGACGUGGACGCCACUUCGGAUGCCCUCCCUGCCGUCACCAAGCCUUCCUCGUCACGUCUGUACAGAUCCUUGGCUUUGGCGGGAGUGGGCGUGUUGCAGCUGCUCACCUACCUGGGCUCCACACUCCUUAUGCUCGUCGCCAUGACUAUGAACAUCUAUUUUAUCCUGUCCCUCGGGGUGGGCGCCUCUCUUGGGAAGCUCUCUGCCCUCUGUCUCAAGCGGCAUCUAAAGGAAACGCGGAAAUAACACAAGCUUCCUUUGACAAACUCGUCCUCGUCCUCGUCCUCCUCCUCGUUUACUUGUAAUUGAAUUGUAUAUUAUGAAAGGAUGUAACAGAGGCCUUCAAAUAAUAUAACAAAGGUGACAAACAAAUUUCCAGAGUUAGCAAUCACUGUUUCUUUAUGUAAGAAGGAAAAACUGGGCUAGGGCAACAAAAACGAGUGAAAAAAAAAAGAGAAAAAAAUUGGUCUAUUGAGAUGGUGGUCCCUGAACAUGGUCGUGAGGGUUAGCCAAAAGAACUGGAUGAAUGUCUUGAAACCUCCCCCUUAUUGUAUCCUUCUCUGUCUCAAAUGGCAUCUGAAGGAAUCGCAGAAAUAACAAAAGCUUUCUAUCACUUACUUGGCCUCCUCGUCCUCGUCCUCGUCCUUGUCCUCGUUUACUAGUACCCUUCUCUUACCACCACCUCCUCGUCCUCGUCCUCGUCCUUGUCCUCGUUUACUAGUACCCUUCUUUUACUGCCACUUCCUCGUCCUCGUCCUUGUCCUUAACUGGUACCCUUCUCUUACCAUCAGCUCCUCGUCCUUGUCCUCGUCCUUGUCCUCGUUUACUGGUACCCUUUUACUGCCACUUCCUCGUCCUCGUCCUUGUCCUUAACUGGUACCCUUCUUUUAGCACCUCCUCGUCCUCUUCAACCCACAAGCAUUUCCCACCACACCAUCAAGACAGUGAGUGAUCUACAGACCCAGUGACGUUGGUAUGAUGUGAUCGCAAGCGUGACAUCCAGUAAGCCUCGAAUAUCCACGUCUCCUAAGCCAGAUCAAGCCAGGCAUCCCAGUAAGGGUCAUACGAGGCCAUCCCACUCUGCACCCUCUCCUCCCUCGGCCCCGAUACAUGACAGCUCGUGACAUCACCCUCCUCUGAUACACAUCGCCACAGCUGCUUCCUGAUGUCUCGUGAGGGAAGGGAAGGAAAGGGAGGUGUUGGUGUCAGUCUGCCCUGCGCCUGACGGUAUGACUCUAUGUUAAGUAGUAGAGUACGUGUAGCUGUCUUCUCUGUCUCUUCCUGUCUCUUAAUUCCCUUCCGUCAAGAGUCUCCCGUGGCUCAGGAGCUCUUCACCGCCUCCUGCCAGACGCGGAAACACACACACACACACACACACACACACACACACACACACACACACACACACACACACACACACACACACACACACACACACACACACACACGGCUGUCAGAUCAAGUGCCUUAAAUCCCUUGACGUGGGGGAGAACACACACACACACACACACACACACACACACACACACACACACACACACACACACACACACACACACACACACACACGUAGACAGUGUAAGGGAGUGUGUAUCGUAUCGCCCUUAUUCCUAUAUAGAGACUAAUAUCCUUGUAUACUCCUGGUGCAUGUGUAUUGAGAGGUGUAGCUGUAUGUGUAACCACUGGCUUGUCUGUAUACAUGUAGAUCUUGCCGUUCCCUGAUAAUACAAUAUACUUUUCUC